UGAACUUUCUCCUCAGUGAGUGAAUGGGAGGAGGUGCUCAUAAGGCAGAGGCGGUGAGAAAUUCUCAGCCACCCUCCCACCCAUGCUGUCUGUGGAUGGAUGGCGGUGGCAACAAGCAGCAGAGAUCAAUGUCUCUUCAGGUUACUGCAAGACAAUCUCAAAGUGUCUGGAGAAAGAUUCUACAAGGCUGCACAACAACCAGGGCCCCAUCGUUGGGCAAACGCUGAAACUUGCUUGCCUUUUCACCACAGCCAGAUGAACACACACGUGCUAGACUUUAUAACUAAGGCUUGGCAUCUGUGCUUGUUUCUCAUACUAUACUUCCACCUGGCAUUGGGUGGUGUACCUGGUCCAUGCCGACACUCUGUAACACAGGAGCACCUUCGGAGCCUCAAUCGCCUGAUUGACAAUCAGUUGGACCACAGAUGUUUUAUAAUUUAUCAGUUUACUGAGCAUUUGAAUUUGAGUAAAGUCUGUUAUGUCAAAGCAGCCCUACCACAAGUACUUGAGCUUCUGAAAACACAAUUCCAUUAUGGUCGGAAUUCAGACAACAGAAGAUAUGUCAACAUUUUGGAAAAGGCUAUCUACCAUCUUUACUCCCAAGGAUGUAUAUCUGAAAUAAAUGAAGAGAUUGAGGACACUCCAUCAAGGUUAAUAAAGAUGGUAGAAAGCACUCCGAAGGAAGCUCUGAAAAAAGCCCAACAUGUGAUGCAGAUGUAUAUGAGACUGAUGGCAUUAAGCACUCGUCCUGUGGACUGGAAUUGUCAAUCAGAAUAUUCUCUUGGAGAUGAUUUAAAUACCACACAAGUUGGUGUUACCAGCACCACAGGGGAAGCGGAUGGAGGCCACAAAUAAAGCUAGUCUCCUCCAUUACCUGCCUGCCUUGGAUAUUGCAGAAGAAUGGUGUAGCCACAGAGGUCCCAAGAAACAAACUUUCCGAGACCACGUCGGGAGUCACCAAUUUGUUGGAGAGUUGGCGUUAUAUCCUAUGCAGGGUCAAAGGCCCAAAUUACACAUUAAUAAACUACCACCACACUCACCAAUUUUGCGUGUUCGUUUUCUCUCAGGAAAGUUAAACCAAUCAAGAAACUCGCACAGAACAAAUUUUGAGCCGUUUAUAAUUCUCAAGCGUUUAGCAAAAAUAUGUUGACAGAAUUCUGGGCCUUUUCUCUCCUCCUUGCAUUUGCGUUGCAGGCGUAGAGAAAAUGGCGAAUCUUUCUCCGGUUGCCCCACUAUUUGUAGAUUACAAUACAAGUAAUAGGAGGAGCUGGAAAGCUUCAGUUGACUCCAAGCCAUCCUGCUCUGGCAUUCACUCCUUAUUUUAGCUCGUGUUGAUCGCAGCCGUCUGAGAUAGUAAUGAUUAGUUCCUCUCCCACUAUCAACAAGAACAUUCCGUACCUUCUCUCCCAGCACCGCUCCCUUUAAACAUGUAUAGAUCCACAUCUGCAAACACUCAGCACAAGCGCUCAUACAGCGGCCACAAUUUAAUGAUGGCCUCUAGCUUUACACUUAAUGCAAGAUAUAAGGAUUAUAUGACCAUUCUAUGGAUAUUACAAAAAUGGAUAAUAUGCCAGUAAGUAUAAAAUCUGUGGAUAAUAUGAAAAUCCACAAACGCACUUUCAACAAUUCACAAGCAAAAUUUUAUAUUUACAAAUGAUAAGUCAUGAUAAAUGCACACACAACAUUAAAAAACAUGUAAAUCGUGGAUAUAUUCGUGAAUUUGAAAAACGUGUAAAUCGUGGACAUAUUUGUGGAUUUGAAAUCCACGUGUCAAUUGCGGAUAUAUUUGUGGAUUUGAAAAACGUGUGAAUCGCGGAUACAUUUUUGGAUUUUAAUAACGUGUAAAUAAUUUGUGGAUUUGUGUCCCAACUUCAAAUACGAAUAUUUACUACCCCAAUUCCAAUGAAGUUGGGACGUUCUGUUAAACAUAAAUAAAAACAGAAUACAAUGAUUUGCAAAUCGUGUUCAACCUAUAUUUAAUUGAAUACACUACCAAGACAAGAUAUUUAAUGUUCAAACUGAUCAACUUGAUUGUUUUUAGCAAGGAAUCAUCAACUUAGAAUUUUAUGGCUGCAACAUGUUCCAAAAAAGCUGGGCCAGGGUCAUGUUUACCACUCUGUUACAUCACCUUUUCUUUUAACAACAUUCAAUAAAUGUUUGGGAACUGAGGACUCUUAAUUGUUGAAGCUUUGUAGGUGGAAUUCUUUCCCAUUCUUGCUUGAUGUACAGCUUCAGCUGUUCAACAGUCCGGGGUCUCCGUUGUCGUAUUUUACGCUUCAUAAUGGGCCACACAUUUUCAAUGGGAGAAAUGUCUGGACUGCAGGCAGGCCAGUCUAGUACCCGCACUCUUUUACUGUUGUUGUAACACGUGCAGAAUGUGAUUUGGCAUUGUCUUGCUGAAAUAAGCAGGGGCGUCCAUGAAAAAGACGUUGCUUGGAUAGCAGCAUAUGUUUCUCCAAAACCUGUAUGUACCUUUCAGCAUUAAUAGUGCCUGCACAGAUGUGUAAGUUACCCAUGCCAUUGGCACUAACACAGCCCCAUACCAUCACAGAUGCUGGCUCUUCAACUUUGCGUCCAUAACAGUCCGGAUGGUUCUUUUCCUCUUUGGCCCGGAGGACACGACGUCCACAAUUUCCAAAAACAAUUUGAAAUGUGGACUCGUCGGCCCACACAACACUUUUCCAA